UCAAAUUUUUGGAAUUACGUUAAACACGAAAGCGCUUCCAAAAAAUUUAGCACCCUUGAUUUUGAAUUCACGAUAGAUAAUAGAUAAAUAAAUAAGAUAAGGCGUUUUGUUUGUGUAUGCGAGAAGAAAGAAAAGAGUUUCUGAGAAAUGGGAAGAGCGUUCGUGUACGUGAUUCUCGGUGGUGGUGUAUCAGCUGGUUAUGCUGCUCUUGAAUUCGUUAAAAGAGGGGUCUUGAAUGGUGAACUCUGUAUCAUUUCUGAUGAACCAGUAGCUCCUUAUGAAAGACCUGCAUUAAGCAAAGGAUUUUUGCUUCCAGAAGCUGCUGCUCGGCUUCCAUCCUUUCAUACAUGUGUUGGAGCAAAUGAGGAAAGGCUAACUCCAAAAUGGUAUAAAGAACAUGGAGUUGAAUUAGUUCUUGGAACUGAAGUUAAGUCUGCUGAUGUGAAACGUAAAACACUAUUAACAGCAACUGGAGAGACCAUAAGUUACAAAUUUCUUAUUGUUGCUACUGGUGCUCGGGCUUUGAAGCUGGAAGAAUUUGGGGUGAGUGGAUCAGAUGCAGAAAAUGUAUGUUAUUUGAGAAAUAUAGCAGAUGCAAAUAGGCUUGUGAAUGCUAUUCAAUCAUCUCCUGGUGGCAAUGCCGUUGUCAUUGGUGGUGGAUACGUAGGCAUGGAGUGUGCGGCAUCUUUAGUGAUCAAUAAAAUCAAUGUAACAAUGGUCUUCCCAGAAGCUCAUUGCAUGGCUCGUUUAUUUACCCCAAAGAUUGCCAGCUACUAUGAAGAAUAUUAUAAAUCAAGAGGAGUAAACUUCGUUAAGGGAACUGUGCUGUCAUCAUUUGAUUUUGACUCCGACGGAAAGGUUACAGCUGUUGAUCUUAGAGAUGGAAGUAAGCUAUCCGUGGACAUGGUUGUUGUGGGAAUUGGAAUACGACCAAAUACAAGUCUGUUUGAAGGUCAACUUACUUUGGAGAAAGGUGGGAUCAAAGUAAAUGGAAUGUUGCAGUCAAGCAAUAGCUCAGUCUAUGCUAUUGGAGAUGUUGCAGCAUUUCCAGUCAAAGCAUUUGCAGAAACACGCAGACUUGAGCAUGUUGAUUCAGCUAGAAAAUCUGCAAAGCAUGCUGUUUCUGCCAUAAUGGAACCUGACAAAACAGGCGAAUUUGAUUACCUUCCUUUUUUCUACUCUAGAGUCUUCACUUUGUCUUGGCAAUUUUAUGGUGAUAAUAUUGGGGAAGUUGUCUAUUAUGGAGAUCUCUCGGAUAGCAGCACAUUUGGAGCAUAUUGGGUAAGUAAGGGUCAUCUUGUUGGGGCUUUCCUUGAAGGUGGUACUAAAGAAGAGUAUGAAGCCAUUGCUAAGGCCACUAGGGUAAGGCCAGCAAUUGAAGACUUGACUGAGUUGGAGAGGCAAGGUUUGGGGUUUGCAGUUACAGUCAGUGAGAAACCGGUGACAUUACCGCCGCCAAUUGAGGUUAACACUUCCGGCCUUCUUUUGGAAAAACCGUUAUAUGCUUGGCAUGCUGCAGCUGGGGUCAUUCUUGCAGCAUCAGUAGCCACAUUUGCAUAUUUUUAUGGGAAAAGGCGUCGCAGAUGGUGAGAAGAUUAUAUAAAUUUUAUGGGAGAAUUUGUCGCAGAUGGUUUCAUCAGACUUAAAGACAGAUUUACAAGCUGCAAUAUUGACAAGCCUAGGAUAUUCUGAAUUGUUAAUGUAUCCACUAUACAAUAUACUGGAUUACAAUUCUUCUGUUGUAUUGUUCAUAUAUAGCCUUGUUGUACCAAAAAACAAAAGGAAAAUACAAAUGACCAUUUCAGAAAUUAUUUCCUCAUGAA